GGAGAAGGAGAAAGGGAGGAAGAGGAGGAGGAGGAAGAAGAGGAAGGAGAAGAGCGGCCCGGCGCGAGGCAGGACUGGCCCUCGCUGCGGACAAGCGUGAUCGGACGUCACCGUCCUGUUGCCAGGCGUCAGGACUAAUGCUGAAGGGUCGCUGCUGGACCAAGGCACGGAUCCGUCUCCCCUCUCGCUGGAAGUGCGGCUUUUUUCCACCCCGGGCAAACAUCGGAAGAGUCCCUCAGCCUCCCUCUGCGUGACCCCGAAGGCCAAGAUGAGCCACAAUCACGACGUGGCGCACGUGGGCCAUAACAUGAGUGGGAUGGCCACCCCCACCUCCGAUCCUCACGCCCACCAUCACACGACGAUGCCCUCGGGACAUAUGCACAGCGGCGGGAUGAUGGAGAUGACCUUCCACUUUAGCUAUACGAACGUCCCUCUGCUGUUUUCCGGGCUCGUCAUCAACACGGCCGGAGAAAUGGCCGGUGCCUUUGUGGCCAUCUUCUUCCUGGCCAUGUUCUACGAGGGCUUGAAGAUCGCCCGCGAGAGCCUUCUCCGGAAGUCGCAGGUCAGCAUACGCUACAACUCCAUGCCUGUCCCGGGACCAAACGGCACGGUUUUGAUGGAGACGCACAAAACGGUUGGGCAACAGAUGCUGAGCUUCCCUCACCUCUUCCAGACGGCCCUCCACGUCAUCCAGGUGGUGGUCAGCUACUUCCUCAUGCUCAUCUUCAUGACGUACAACGGCUACCUCUGCAUCGCUGUGGCGGCUGGCGCCGGCACCGGCUACUUCUUCUUCAGCUGGAAGAAGGCGGUGGUCGUGGACAUCACGGAGCAUUGCCAUUAACGACGGGCCAAGGGGGGGGUGUCCGAAUCCUUUUCCUCGCAUCCUCCGGAAAGGACCGGGCUUCCCCCGAAACAAGCCAAGAAAACCUAUGGGGGCACCCUCCUCCCCCUGGGUCUCUGCCUUUCCCUCCCUCUUCUCCCCUACAUAGUCCCCUCUUCCCUAAGGCACUGGGGGGCGGAGGAGGCUGCUCCCGAGUGGCGGGGAAAGCUCGUCGCCGGCUGGGGCAGCUUUCUUAGGAUGAUCAGCUUAUCUAUUAGAUACCAUUAGCAGUUUGAUCUUUAGAAGGAAAAAAAGACUGUGCCAUGAUCAAAACUAGCUGGCCUGCUGGCGCAGGCAAUUCCAUGUUUUUUUUAAUGUUACAUGUUUUCAAGCGGCCCGUGCUGGGAUAAGGUGGGAGCAGUUCUAGGAGGAGGAUAUCGACUAGAGGUGGGCACAAACCGGUUCGUGCUGCUGCUCCCCUGCCCAUUUUCCUCCACCGAUCUGCCAGUCCCGGCAGUUGCUCAGGCGUCUCUCGGCUGAUCUGCCACUCAAGAGAAAAAGGGCAGGGCUGAGAAGCUCUUGCUCACGACUGGGAGAUCGGCCGAGGAGGUGGGGAAAGCAAGUCAGCUGGGCCCGGCUGCUGGAGCCCGAGGAGGCGGGGAGCGGAACAGCAGGACCCUUGGCGAACCGGGACGAACCAGUUCGUGCCCAUCUCAAAUAUCGAAUCAGCAGGAGAAGACAAACCGAGCUACAAAGCCCUCGUAGCACGAGUACUUCUGCCGGGUAAAAAGAGUGGUUCUUCUUACCCAGGUGUCCCCUGUUUCAUCCAAGUCUUGAAGUCAACUUGGUGCCCCAACCUGGUCUGGUUCUAGCCCCCCCCCCCAGGACAGGCUGGCACCUCGAGGCCCAGCGGACGCUUGGCACCGGCUUUUCCACAGUGGUCGUGUGGCUCUAGGGAACGUGAUGAUGGCACGCAGCUCCAGUGGCCCACUGUGACUUGCCGAUUUGCGGUGUGAGAUGUGCAUAAACGAACCCAAAUCAACAUUUAGGGAAAACAGAAAGCAACCGUUAUAAAUUCUUUUAAAUAAACCAAUGGAACAAG